CAUGGCUCGAUGAUCUUGCCCAGGUGGGAUGUGAAACCUCUUCAGGCGGGGCGGCUGCUUGGCGGCAGACGGCAGGGGGACCACUGCAUAUGGGGCAAGGAAGGAGCCUUGGAGGCGAUUGGGAGCUUCUCGUAGCAUAGUUUGGGAAAAACUGAUCCUUAUCGGACCGAUGGAAGUGAAUGCCUGGACGACUGGCUCCAAUGGCCCUACUGAGAUGUGCGGGGUGAUUCCCGAGAUUAACGAACUAGGCGAAAUGGCAACGGAGGAGGAGACAGAUAAUCAUAAGAGUGAAGAAAGACCGGGCUUAGGAGGCAGUGCCGCACAAAGCGAAGGGGGGCAGAAGGACAGAGAAUCGAUAAAUCCGGAUGGUACCAAAGGGAACCGGAAGGAGAUCUCCACAGGGGAAAGCUCGGGGAAAGUUGGGGGAAGUAGGCAGGGGACUCAGGGGACCAAGGAAGGCAGGAAUAAGGAUAGGACAAACCCGGGGAACUUGGAGGGAGCCGUGUCUAAGAAAGUAAGAGUCACGGAUACGAGGUGCAGACUAGCCGAGAUAGACAAAAGGACCGCGGAAUACAGGGCGAGAUUGAUUGAGGAAAUGAUGACUGGGAACGAAGAAGGUUCUCUGCAGGAGGAACCCCGGGACGAACGGAGAACCGGCCGAGGUGGGACUGGACAAGGGGAUAAAGGUAGUGACCGUGGGGGAACGCCGAGCAAAAGAAGGAAAGAAGGGGAAAACUCCCCGGGGAUGGACGUGGAAAAGGCUACGACCCCGCCAGCCAUUAAUAGUAGGGCUAGCCGCCUGCCGACCACGCCAGCAGUAACGCGAGGAUGCGAAGGACUCUGGAGCCUUAGGGAAAGAGUGUUGGGAUGGUUUGACCCAGAAGGAACUACGAAAACCAGGGAGGGACAGAAGGCCGGCAAGGAUGGUCCGGAUAACAGUGAGACAGGCGAGGCCAGCAGCUCCGAGGGCGUCCUUAAGAAGAUAGUGUCGUCCCUCGCGCGAGCACUAAACAAAAAUCAAGGCUACCUAGUGGAUGCUAAGAAGAAGUUGACGUUUGAUGGGGCGAACAUCACGCAAUUCCUGAUAGAUUACGAGAACCUGGCUGCGCUGUCAUUAAAGGGGGAGAUAUUUGGACCACAAGGGGAACGGGUGAACUGGAACUCACCGGGAGGGAUGCGGCGAGCCAUUAUCAUGCUCAACGGGCUAGAAAUAACAGUCGUAGAAGCCGAACCGGUGGGCGAGAUCAUCUGGGAUCAACGCCAGGGGCGCGGGCCGCAGGUCAAUUUCAUUUUGGAAAACGACGGACAUGAUAGGGUGAACGCGACUACUCGGCUAGGGACGGUUGGGAAAAGGAUUAACCGUGACGCCGUGAUGGAGGAGGUUGCUGGAAGUUCGAAACCCCAGGCAGAGCCUGAGGCCGAGGAACCGAAAAAGGUCUAUGGGAAACCUAGGGAAGAGGAGCCUGCCGACAAAGUUUCCGCUGCCAAGAAGAAGUUUAGGUACCAAAUCCCGAUCUUAUCCUUACCUGAGAUCGACGACACCAUUAGCAAGUUACUAGGGACCAUGGUGUCGGUGUCUUUUCAGACUAUGCUGCAGGCUAGCCCUAGGUUGCUCAAAGGGCUUAGACAACUGUUGACCCGGCGGCGAGUAGAAAUAGGCGACAACCCCGAACUACCUGAAGGGGAGAGGGAGGAGGAAGUUCCGCAAGAAGUGGCUAACCUGCAGAGGAGUCGCGGGGACUUGGAGCAUCUCGAGAAGGCCUUUGCAGACAUUUGUUUAAGCUUGCCCGACCGAGAGGGCGGCGAAGUCAUGAGAUCGCCACCUGGGACGAAGCUUAGCUUUCAUGCGCUACCCGUAGGGAAAUUGAAAAUCCAGAUCGGGAGUCAUCACACCGACGCAUUAGUAGACGGGGGGGCAGAAAUCACCCUUAUAAGAAGAGAUUACGCAACGAUCACGGGAUGUACGGUAAACAAGGAAGUAACAGGGAGCAUCCGGGGAGCUGGCGGGGAAAUCCCGUUCGCUGGGUACGUCACGAAGUGUGCUGUAAAGGCAGGGGUCAGGGAAUCAAUCUGGUCAUUUCAGCGGAUGACCGUAAUGGAGGAAGUGGAUCACGACAUAAUCCUCGAGAGGCCGUGGCGCGCGAACGUAGAGAUGAUAGGCAUGCACUUGCACGAUGGCUCAUACAUGGUAGACAUAGAGGACCCGGUGACUGGCCGGGGAGAGCUCCUCCGACUCCUUGGAACGGGAGGAGACCCCCCGAGGGGGAAAUUGGCAACAUGGUUGAAGUCAUUCGAGGAUAGCACGCGAAAAGGGGCUUUCGCACGAAUGGAGGGUAUGAGAGAAAGGGUAGAAAUCAUGAUUGAGGAAGCGUUCAACAAGAAGGAGUGGAUCAAGAUGGGCCUGCCCCAGAAGAAGAGGAGGCAGGAGGACACAGUCCUAGGUGGUAUGGUAGCAGAAAAGGAGUCGGAGGUCGAACUUGGUGCUAGCCUGCCCAAACGAAAAGAAAUGCGCGUAGACAUGCCGGAAAUCGCACUCGAGAUCCCCGAUCUAUUGCAACUCAUCAAGGCCCUCAGAUACCACAAGGCCUACCUAUUUGGGAGGCGGUUCAUCUUAAGGAUCGAUCCGACGAAUGUCGCAGGGUCCCUAAAGAAUUACAGGCCUAUAGAUCCGACGGUAGGGAGAUGGGUAGGAUUCAUCUGGCAGUUCGAUUACAAGAUCGAACGGAUUGCUGGAAUCCGCAACAAGGCAGAUGGGCUGAGUCGGGUUUGCAUCACUCCCGAAGGGAUGGAGGAUGUAGAGCCCAUAGACGCCUUCCUCGAAUACGAAGGAGGAACUCUUGCGGUGGAUAACGAAAUGAUGAGCAAGGGAUGCACAUCGGGAGAACUAUUGAUCCAGACUUUGCAGAAGGGGGCACCUGCCGUAGUAGCUGAACUUAGGGAAGGUCCAGUUACCACUCGAGGACGCAGAGAAGAAAAGGACUCAUGGGGAGCGAUAGUAGGACCGAAGGAGGAGCUGAUAGCAGUGGCGGUCGAAGGGGGCCAGGAAGCAGUGAUGAGCUUAAUGGAAUCUUGGAAAAGGAAAGAGUUGCAAUGGGUGGUAAAUCAGAUGCAGGAAGGAAAGGAUGGGGGCAAGGAAGGAGAGGAUUUUUUCUAUGUCCAAUCAUACGAAGGGCUCUUUCGGGAGAUCGGCUUGUUGUUGGUAGGAAACAAACAACCUACGGAAGUCAGUAUUAAGGCAAGAGAAGAAGUCGAAAGGUACGUCCUAAGGGGCGGGCAUUUGUUCCGGAGGGAGGAAGGUGCUAUGCCCAGGAGGGUUGUGUGCGGAAGGUCUAGGCAAGUAGACGUUAUCCAGGCAAUGCACGACGGGUUAGCAGGAGGACAUCGAUCUUCCAAAGGAACACUUGCAAAGAUAACGCCGCUCUAUUAUUGGCCAGGCAUGGCAGGCAUGGUCGCCAUAUACUGUCAGACUUGCCUUAUUUGCCAAGAACGAAGCUCGGUACGAAUCUUCGAGCCGCUUAGACCAACGCGGGUGCUAGGGCCGGGACAUCUGGUCCACCUCGACCUUGCGGUCAUGCCUGUAUCAACGGAUGGAUACAGGUAUAUCCUAGAUGCGCGAGACAACUUGAGUGGGUUCGUGGAGGCAGUCGCCCCCAAGAAAAAGACAGGGAGGAGUGUGGCGGACUGGAUAGAAGACUUCUACUUAAGGCACCCGUUCGUCAGGAGGUUUACACCAGACGAUGGGACGAAAUUUGUGAACCAAGAAGUAUUGGGGAUGCUUAAGAGACUCUGCGUACCGAUCACACUCAUCGAGCCGUAUCACCCUGAGGCCAAUGCGCCGGUGGAAAGGGGGCACCGAACCUUGAAGAACACGAUUGCAAAACUCGCAGCAGACCAUCUGGGGAACUGGCCUACAUAUCUUAAGCAGGCUGUUUUUGCAGAGAAUAUGACUCCUAAAAGGACAACAGGAUGUAUCCCGGCAAAACUUUGGUACGGAAGAGAGAUCGACUUUCCUGUGGAAGCCUUGGUACCUACCUGGAAUAGGUUAGAUAAUGAUCCACAAAUAACACUGAAGAGUUAAUCGAGGCAAGAUGUCAACAAAUCCUUAAGAAUGAG